AUGAGACUCGCAAGCGCUGCCAUGCUCGAACAAGACCACCAUGGACUACGAUUGCGAGAGAAAGGAACGAAUGGCAUAUGUGCUAGGGUCCGCACAGCACGUGAAGACAGACCGUCCAAGUAUCCAAUUCCUUUUCUUGCCAUCUCCAUCGCACUAUUCCUUACCUAUCUACACGUUUUCUUCAUAAUUGGCACCAGCGUUUUCAAGGAAUUCAUUGCAAUCGUCGACUUCUGUGCCACUAUCGCACCAUUUUCUUCCCAUGGACUUGUUUUCGAAAAUGCGUUCUGGUUCUGUGCACCUACCGACUUGAUCGCCUUCAACUACUCAACCUAUUCCCUUUCGUUCAUGAUUCUUGACAACGUUCAGUGGAUCACUGGAAUAAAAGAAUGCGCACCAGCACGUACAGUAAUAGUAAUAUAA